GACCCUCCCUGUCGCUGCACCCCAGCCAUGGGGUUUCCCUGGGGGACACUGUCACCCUGCGAUGCCACCUACCCCAGCCGGCUGCCUGGGUUGAGCUCUACCAGGAUGGACUUUUGAGAUCCUACAAGGACAUGGACAAGCAUCAGGUCAUGGCUGAGUUCUCCUUGGUUUGUGUAAAGCCGGAAGAUGCAAUGAAGUAUUGGUGCCAGUACCGGGUUUUGGAGCCACCGGGGGUAUCAGAGAAGAGUGUCCCCAUCGAAUUGGUGGUGACAGAUCAUCGAUAUUCCCCACCUAACAUUUCCAUCAGCCACAAAAAAAUUGCGGAAGUGGGAACCAAUGUCACCAUCCAGUGCUGCAAUCAGGGCUAUGGGGGCAUCAUCUUCUUGCACAAGGACGGGCACUCAGCCCCUGUCCAGCACCAGGAACCCCGUGGCGGGGGCACAGCCACCUUCAUCCUUGUUGCGGUGACCCCAGCUGACAGUGGCACCUACAGGUGCUCCUAUCACACCAAGGCCUCCCUCUUUGUGUCCUCACCCCUUGGGGACAGCGUAACGCUGGAGGUGACUCCCACACCUGCACCCCCAGGUGCUGAGUUGGUGUCCCGUGGGAACCUGGUGGUGGCAGUGGUGAGGGGCUGCGCUGCUGCCCUCAUCUUUGGCCUCGGCAUCUUCUUUGUCAUCGAUGCCCCCAGCCUCUGGAUACAGAGAGAUGAGAGUCUGGGUCGGGAAGGGAUUUAAUGGCUUGGAUCUCCUGUACAUCUCCUACACAUCUCCCCAGUUUUCCCCUUCCACUCCUUUCAUUCCUCUGUAGAAUCCACCAGGUGUACCAUUGCAUCCACUAUACAUUGCCUAUCGAUUCCCUCAGAUGUUCUCUGCCCCCAUCCCACCACCUAUAAAUCCAUCAUGUAUCCCCUGCCUCCCCUUCCAGACCCUAUAAAUUAUCUAGUCCCAGUCAUCUUGUGCAUCUGUGUCCAUCCUUUAUUGAUCCAUAAUAAAUCCACCCAAGCAUUACCUGCCUCCUCUUGCAUCCCCUGUCUAUUCUCACAAGUCCAACAAGUUUCACACCCCCUUCAUCCCCCAUAACCCCACAAUGCUCCCCUUCUGUUUUGACUCCGGUGCCUACCCACAAAUUCCUGAGGCUGUGCACUUCUAGAUAGGUCUUUGGGUCAGGGACCCCUGAUCUCAGCCUGUUCCUGGGCGCCCCAUACUCCAUCUGGAACCCAAAUCCCUGCCCAUGAGGAACCCCGGGAUCCCCCAAAUCAGAUGGCUUACUCUAACCUUGUGUGAUGCCCCAAAAUCCUGACCAGGGGGAAGCACAAAUCUGCAUUGUGGAGAUCCCCCAGGGCCCAAAUCAAAGUCCUUGCACCAACUGGGGAAAACCCCGCCAUAAACAUCCCCCUGACAGUGUGGGCAAUCCAUACAAUGUAAUAGGACCCCCAAAAGGCACACAUAUUUACUCUCAAUAUCGGACCAGUGUUACCCCAAAUCAAAGUCCCCCCACAUCCCCAAACACACCAUCACUGACCACACCCACACAC